AUGGCGAUUAUACCGGUUGAGGCGGAGGCGAUUAUGCCGACUAAAAUAGAACAAAUUGUUAGCGAUAAUGAUGACUCAUCACCGGAGAAAAUGGCGAUUAAAUCGGUUGAGAAGCAAAUGGGGAUUAUACCGGAUGAGAAGGAAAUGGCGAGUAUGGGUGAGAAGACGGCCAAGGUGAUUAUGCCGACUAAAAUAGAACAAACUGCUAGCGAUAAUGAUGACUCACCACCGAAGGCAAUGGCGAUUAUACCGGUCAAGACGACGGCCAAGGUGACUAUGCCGACUAAAAUAGAACAAAUUGCUAGAGAUAAUGAUGACUCACCACCGAAGUCAUUAUUGAGAAUGGCGACUAUACCGGUGAUGGAAUUUCACAGAGCUUUUAAAGUUAAAUUACAAUUAGAUAACAACAGAAAACGUAUUUUAUACCUGAUUGACAAAGAGAACCUUAAGUUAUUUAAUGAAAUGGUUAAAUGGAAAAGAGAAAAUUCCUCAAAAGCAAUGGAAGAUGCAAUCGAUGAAUUUGAUGACAGAAAAGAUAACAAUAGACCAAAAGUUGGCGAUGCUCUUGCUCGAAUUUUAUAUGAUGAUAAAUUUCCUGAUUUUAUCUUCAAAUUUGAGUCUAAAGGGUCUACAAAUUCUACAGAUGAUGAGAGUAUAAAAAUAGGUGAAGAAUUCAAGUCUAAAGAUCAGGCGCGUCGAAAAUUCGAGUUGCUUCUCUUGUUAUCAGGUUUAUUUGUUGAGCGUGAGAUUACUAGAGAUUUUAUAUACGUUAAAAUAUGGACUCCUUUUAUGAAACUCUGUGAAGCUGCGGAAGAAAUACGUAUUAGCAAGGAACUUGAUCCAAGAACAAUACCAAAUGAGAACGACGACGACAACAAUAAAACCAAGGAAAAUCAUGAAAAUAGCAACAAUAAAACCAACAAAUUGAUUGACAACAUUUACGAAUUUUUAUAUCAAAACAUAACACCAUAUUUUGUUUAUAAAAUAAAUCUUGAGAAAAGAUUAUCUUUCUUUAAUGCAGAUCAAUUGGAGAAAUAUAAAGACAAAAAGUACAGCGAUAUUGCAUUACAUUUUUGGAACAGUUCAACCCGCAAUUUAUUGACAUAUUAUUUCAUAACCGAUGCAAAUAGAAUUAUGCCUGAAGGAGUACCAGAAACCUUACGUCUAAGAUCCUGGGGAUUUGAUAGUUUAAUGGAAAAAAAUAUAUAUAAUGCUUUUUAUCCUCUGCAUGAUGGGGAAAUACAAGAUCAAACAUUCAGAGAUCAAAAUAAUAAAAAGGAAAAUCUAAGAGCAAAACUUUUCAAUAAUUGGAUUAAAAGUUUAAAAAGACAACCCCUAAGUGAAAUCAGAGAAUAUUUUGGUGAAAAAAUAGCAAUGUAUUUUGCAUGGCUUGGUUUAUAUGCUUCAUGGUUAUUUGUAGCUUCUAUUUUUGGAAUCAUUACCAUUAUCUAUGGUAUUAUAGAUUUCGCAACGACCCCAGAUAAUUUUAGUAAUGGUGUUCCAAAAGUUACUAAACUUUGGGAUAAUGCAUUUACUGUUGUAUUCGCUUUCUUCAUGUCGAUUUGGGCAACUUGUUUUUUGGAAUCAUGGAAACGUUAUAAUGCUGCUCUCGCUCAUGAUUGGGGUGUCACCUGUUUUAAGAAAAAUGAACAAUCUCGUCCUGGUUUUCGUGGAACAGUCAGUAGAAAGUCUAAAAUAACAGAUAAGAUGGAACUUGUAUUUCCGUCCCAUAAAAGAUUUUUAUGUUGUUUCGCUUCGAUAAUACUCAUUAUUGUAUCGUUGUUUGGAAAAUAUGGCGUUUUGGGUAGCUUUAUCUCGAGUAUUAUCAAUUUAGGUGUAGUCCUUAUCUUAAGUCCGACUUACAAAAGACUAGCUAUAAAACUUACUGAGUUAGAGAACCCUAGAACUGCGACAAGCUUUGAAGAUUCUCACAUUUUAAAAGUAUACCUUUUCGAUUUCGUUAUUUUUUAUGGUGCGCUAUUUUACAUUUUAAUAGUCAAACAAAAGUUUGCCGGUGAAAUUCUUCGCAUAUCUGAUUAUGAAGGAUGUGAAUAUAAUAGUUGCAUGGUAGAGCUUACUAUACAACUCGCUGUUAUUCUUAUUGGCAAGCAAACUGUAGGUCAGUUAGAGGACCUUGCAUUACCACUGUUUAAAAAGAAAUUUGAUUCGUUUAUGAACUCUUGGAAAAAGAAGUUUAUAAACUCUUGGAAAAAGAAAAAAUCUUCUCAAAAUGAGCUCAAUGAAGAAACCAAAAAAGCACAGAAUGAAGAAAUAGAAGUCGUGGAAGUUUCAUCUUCCAAAGAUGAACCAAAUGAAUCAUAUCCUUGGAUUCUAGAUGACCAGUUGUUGCCAACUGAUAAAGAUGAUCUUAGAGAGGAUUAUGAGCAAAUGGCUAUUCAAUUUGGUUUUAUUGCUCUUUUUGCUGCUGCUUUUCCUUUAGCACCAUUAUGUGCUUUGUUUCAUAAUAUCAUUGAGAUUCACACGGAUGGUUAUAAGUAUCUUAAGCUUAAAAGGCGAACAAUCAGCUCACUUGCACAAUCUAUUGGAAUGUGGGAUAAUAUUAUUUACAUGAUUUCGAUCUUUGCUGUCCUCACUAAUGCUUCGAUUUUAGCAUUUCAUUCAAAUUAUAUGCAAAGUGUAUUUAAAAAGUAUGUUGGAAAUGAUGAUUCGUCCUUACUUAAUGUUCGUCUUGGCUUUAUUUUAAUAUUUGAGAACAUUGUUUUCCUCGUCAAAUUUUUACUUUCAUAUCUUAUACCUGAUGCGCCAACCGCUGUUAAAUUAGCGAGAAAACGCUGUGAAUAUUUGGAAAGAGUGGCUAAUGCAAAGACUGAUAUUGCAAAGAGAGCUCUCGCCAUCAAUGAAUAUAAAGAAAAUGAAGAAAAUGCAAUGUUAAAAAAAGCUAAAAACACAACAUUUAAAUACCAGGUCGAAAAUGUAAAAUUAGUUCAAUAA